AUGACAGGAUCAAAUGAAUUCAAACUAAAUCAAACUCCAGAUGAUGGUAUUUCAUCAGUAAAAUUUAGUCCGAAUACAUCUCAGUUUCUGCUUGUUUCAUCCUGGGACACAACUGUCCGGCUCUAUGAUGUUCCUGCCAACACCAUGAGACUCAAAUAUCAACAUUCAGGAGCUGUCCUUGACUGUGCUUUUUAUGAUCCUACCCAUGCCUGGAGUGGAGGAUUAGAUCAGCAAUUGAAAAUGCACGAUUUAAACACGGACCAAGAAAACCUUGUUGGUGCCCAUGAUGCUCCUAUCAGGUGUGUUGAGUACUGCCCAGAAGUGAAUGUCAUGGUGACUGGAAGCUGGGAUCAAACAGUUAAACUGUGGGAUCCCAGAACUCCUUGUAAUGCAGGAACAUUCUCUCAACCUGAAAAGGUCUACACACUUUCCGUGUCUGGAGAUAGACUAAUCGUGGGGACGGCAGGUCGGAGAGUGCUGGUGUGGGAUUUGCGGAACAUGGGCUAUGUUCAGCAGCGAAGAGAAUCAAGUCUGAAAUACCAGACGCGCUGUAUCAGAGCGUUUCCGAAUAAACAGGGUUAUGUUUUAAGCUCUAUUGAAGGUCGUGUUGCGGUGGAAUACUUGGAUCCAAGUCCAGAAAUCCAAAAGAAGAAAUACGCAUUCAAAUGUCACCGUUUGAAGGAAAAUAACAUUGAGCAGAUUUAUCCAGUUAAUGCUAUUUCUUUCCAUAAUGUCCACAACACGUUUGCUACAGGAGGUUCCGAUGGAUUUGUAAAUAUUUGGGAUCCAUUUAAUAAAAAGCGACUGUGUCAGUUCCAUCGGUAUCCCACAAGCAUAGCAUCACUUGCCUUCAGCAAUGAUGGAACUACCCUUGCAAUAGCUUCUUCAUAUAUGUAUGAAAUGGAUGACAUUGAACAUCCUGAAGAUGGUAUCUAUAUUCGCCAAGUGACAGAUGCAGAAACAAAACCUAAGUGA